GCAAUCAUUUGUGGCACUUCUCUGUGUUGAUUAGAAGAAAACCGAGCAAUAUCGUACUCAUUUCCACUUUGUAGCAAAAAGUGAUCAAAUUGCAUAAUGAGAGUUGCUGUAAAAAAGACGGUGAUGAAGCAAAAAGUGGCCUUUCGGAGAUGAAGAUUUACAUAUUUAAUGUUUAUAGAGUGUGAAAGAGUUCGUCAGAGACACAGUGCUAUUGCGUUUUCGCUGUUAUUUUAUAUAUUUUUUUGCAAUGUGACUUUUGCACAAGAGAUUCGCCUUAUCAUUUUGGCAAUUACCAUUCCUCAUUUCGCAUAUUAAUCGCGGAAGAUUCAGUUUCUCAACACUUUGCGAGUCACGCACACUUCGCGAUGAGACUCUUGCAGAUCUUCCUGCUUGUGUUGCAGCUCAGGAUGAUCUUCUGCGUGUCUUCCUGGUGGUAUAGUUAUGCCUUCGCGAACUCUUGGAGUUAUGCUCCAAUUGCCUACGAUCAUCCGCCGCAUUUAACACCUGCAGCUCCUCAGCAGAGAGCGCCACAGACAGCCUCGUCCUGGAUCUACGAUCCUCAGCAUGGCCAGUGGAUCUACCGCAGUGUCCCUGAACCAAUGGCACCACAGCAGCACUUGCCAGCAGCGCCGAAACCCUUCCUGUUCGCCAAUUCAAUGGCAAUGGCAAAUAUUGGCUAAGAGAGUGCGCGCACACAGUGCGUGAAGAAUCGAUUAUAUUGGCAGCAAAAGUGGCGCGAAAUUGCUCUAAUAUCGUGGGUUCUUGGAACGCCUCUGUGUGAAAUGCACUGCGGGAACACACAACACCACCAGCCGCACUAUGUUUACCGGAAAAGAAUGCACCGCCGAAUCAAAGAAUAGCAAUUGAAAGAAAAAAGUAAUUGUAAUUCACCUUCAUUACAAAAUUCCACUAUGAAUUGGUAUAUCAAA